ACGAGCGAAGGGUGGAGGCCAGAACCAAGUGCAGGGUCAUGUUGACUAAUGAUAAAUCAACAUGGCCCACUUAAAAACUACAAUUAUUGUAGCUGAAAACCAUGAAAACGAGGAUUUUCGUUUUGUUUAUUUGUUUAUAUUUUGUCCUAGCAUGCCAGCACAGCCUUCACUUUUCCAAUUUUGGGGGACUGUUGGCGAACGUUUACAUAUCAAAGGAUACCGAUAACCAACGAUUUGAAAUAUAUCGCCAAAAGAUACGUGAUCAGUGAUACUUUGUGAGAAGACAGGUUACCACCCUGUGAUUGUACCAAGGCCAUGUUUUUAUCAUAUAGCCAACACUUUGACCUUGCCAAAGCAUUACCAUUGGCGAACCAAAAAAUUUAAAUAACGCUUCGCUAACAGGUCGUGUACAAUGUAGUCAAUCACAGUGCAAAGCCAUCAGCCCUUUCCCUGGGCGCUGGGACGGUGACGAGCGGACAAUCUGAGGCGUUUUACAUACUAUGGGAGGAAAAAACGAAAUAAAGCAAAAAUCGCCUUUUGCUAUAUUAUAUAUCUCUCUUAUUAUUUUGGGGGCUUCAUUUUAGGGUGGAGCCACGGCCCCCGUUGGUUCUCUGGUCGGAUCUGCCCUUGAAUUUCACAAAACAUCGAGUCCAGGGUCCAGUUUCUUUUAUCGGUAAUGAAAACCGUGACUUUUGCGCAUGCGCUGACAUCUCAAACCUGCACGAGCUGUAUAUAACCACAAGCAGCUGCAUUCCCAGAAAAUUAUUUUUGGUUACGCUACGUAAUAUCACACCGAAAAUAACAACAUUGUUAGGUUCAUAUUGAAAGGCGGAAAUGGCUGUGUUUGAGGGGAAAGACACAUUGUAAUCGGAAGAAUCUGCAUUACUCCACAACCUUUUUAUGAUAAAUAAGUAAACAUUUUGAAAAAUUAGCCUUUUAAUUCAAGGCUUUCGGUAGUUUUCAAAAUACUGUCACCCAAUAUUGUAAACAAUUUUUUUUAUUGUGGCAUAAUGGCCAAAGCAGUAAAUCGAUUGGCAAUGAAAUCUCAGUCACACCACAUGACGCUUUCACGUCAGCAAUUCGAACUGGAAAAUCAUACACAUGUGAUUGUAUCAUAACGUUUGAUCAAUAUUAAUAGGCGUUUUCUACGACCUUUAAAUUAACUACCAAAGGACACAGUACAAUGAUUGAAUCCACAAUCUGAUUGCUGUAAAUAUAGCCUGCGCUUUGCCUGUCACAGCCUGUCAAACCUUGUUUGCAAUUAUCAAAGCAGAUAUUGUGGAUUUUUUUUUGCUGUUGUUGCUUUUAGGUCAUAUUUGUGAUAUUUCACCCAAGAUGCCUGCAACGAAGCACACUGUCGUAAAUCACAGCUGUCAAGUCUUCAUGGUAUAUAUAGCUCUGGUUUCUGCGAUAUUGUCAUCAGAAGGAACUGCAAUACCCCAAGGGGCGAAGCGAUCUAGAUCAGUGACUGACUGCGUAGCUGAUUCAGCUGUCCGGCUGGUGAGGUGCGGUUACACUGAAGGGUGUAUCUUGGCUAAUUUCCGUUGUGAUGGCGUCAUGGACUGUGAAGACGGGUCGGAUGAAAGUGAGGCUACUUGCAGAGGAGGUUCCGCAUGCGAUCAAAGUCGGGACCCGAGGUGUCCCAAUCAUUCUACGUGUAGAUCAGUGGUGGAGUCGCAGACUAGGCUAGCCCACCAUGUUUGCGACUGUGUCGAUCCGUUCACUGGCCCAAACUGCACUGAGACGAAGACAACAACGGUACGACAGGCAACAACUAAGGUAAUGGACGAAGCUGGGCAAUAUUCCUCAACUGUCACGACAAAAAUGUCAACUUCAGUUAUCUCGUCCAGGACACAGAGAGCAGGCUCUCCCCACUCUUUGAUACAAACUCCAGCGGUGGGUUUGAAAAACACAACACCAUCGGUUUUUACACCUGGAUUUAACAAGAACUACACAGACUCUUCCGGUGGCAACACUACAGUGGUUGCAAGCUCACAUUCACUGAGAGCAAGAACUGAUGCCACCAUCAUGACACAGCUAACCUCGCUGGCAACAACGGACAAACAGGUCAACUACUCAGGAACUCCUACAACCCGACAGCAGAGCAACCAGAGAACACAUGUCAUGCCAGAAGACGUAACCAACUUAAGCGGUACAGCAACAAUUCACGAAAAUGGGCCUACACCAAAAGUCUCCACAGUGUCGACACCGCUCGUCGACACGUUGACACAACUGUCGAUAGUAAGCACAGUUCCUCUGACAAGUACGGGGAAGGAAAACAGCUCGAUUCAACCAAUGCAACAUCAGCCAACAGUCAUUCCUAAGCCUGAGACGAUACUGCCAGAUAACGGGCGAGUAUUAUAUGUCCCCUCAAGUUCAUUGCCGCCAAGUGAUGACGCAGGCUUGAAUUCAAAAACUCAAGGCCCAGUAUGGUGGGCUUUGGGGGUCGUCUUCGGAUUGCUGACACUCAUUCCUAUGGCCAUUUUCUUCCACUGCUGGAUACGGAGGAAAGGAUUUUCAAUGUUGGACUCCAAGACCAAAAAGGAUGACGAGGAGACAAUCAUCUCUGAUGAAACUCAGGAGAAUUCAAAACCUAAACACCAAAGGAACAUCAGCAUCUCGUCUAUCAAAUUAAAAGAAAAUUCAACACUUUUGGGAAAGGAACUACCUCUGGACGUCAAUAUGAAUAAGUCUGCACCUAUACCGCCUGUCAUAUUAAUAACACCACCUCCGGGUUCAUCCGUGGGAGCACCAUCUGCCAUGGCACAGAAACGCUAUUGGAAAAAGCAGAAUUUGCCCGACACUCAACUGUGGUUUCCAGAUGAUGGCUCUGAGGAGACACCGUACUUCGUUACGGAUAACGUUCCCCUUCCUGUUUCUUUCGUGUAAACGUGUUGAAAUGCCCAAUUUAAACACAGCAUUCAGCCAAAUUUACUACAAUUGUUUAACGCCAGUGUGGAAAGUAUUUCUUCGUUAUAAUUCUGUAUUUUGAGAGGGGAGCCUUUAUUGAAUGUAUUAAAUUCAAUCAAGUUUAAUUUGCACAAAAUUGUACAGUUGUUGGAAGACAAUUAUUUUUAUACUAUUUGUGGGAUUGUUAGUCGGUAGACUUUUUCAAAGUAUCAUUCUUCAGUGUAAGUAAUUGUAAUUGGAAGUCAGAGUAACUGGCUAGGUGAGCGCUUACAGCACCUUAUAAAUUAAUAGUGGGGAUCGGGUGGAGUGGGCUGAGAAACUGGUCCGCUUCAUAACGGCUGAAAAGAGACCAACAAAGAGCACCUUGCUUGAAUUGCAUUUUGGUUCUGAUUAUAACUCCCUAGGCCUUGUCUAUCAGGUUAAGUAAACCUUCGCCCGCGUGCCGACAAAUGAGGGUGAUCGUAGUUAAUGAGUACAGAGACAUUGCAAAGCGGCGGAAUGGGAGUAUGCAUGAAUAUGCUAGCACACGUGUCGAACACUCACAACAAAUCAUUGUGAGAAAUUUGGUAAGAAAUCUUUCAACUCAAAAAGAGCUGCCAUCAACACCCUUGAAGGGCGUGCUGGGGACGGAAUGGGUAACCUUUUGUCGGAAAAGGGAGUAAAAAUGUACCCUCGUUUGCCCCAAAUGAAACAAACCUUUCAUUGCAAAAGCUGUUUUCCAAUUAGUUGCAUUGUUAGUGUUAUUGUUCAUGAGACUAGGAGUUUUGGUUGGGAUGAAAAAGCAAAUUUAGUAUCUAAACCAUACAUUCAAAGAGAAGAAAUCCAUCUGUAUAUUUUUGUUGAGUAUAGUAUAAAUUAUCGCGUUUUGAACGUAUGGUGGAAGCACUAACCUCAAAAACAUGACCCUAAUUUAAAAUAAUGCUGUAUUUUUGUUAUGGGGUUAAGUUCCUUCAAAGGCCAUCUAUCCCAUCCCAUCAAUCUCAAUCGUGUAAAGUUCACAAAUACUUGUACACGUAAUAAAAUAGCAGGCUCAACUUUUACUGACAUGGAAUGAAACCCCCGGGGAAACUCACCACACAACUGAUUCAACUCACUGGCAUGCUCAGCCACAGGAAACACGCAGCGAUAUCAUCUCCAUCAGCUGGCUGUAGGUCUUAAACAAGAAAUUGUGGGCCACAUUGGUAUUAUUAUUUUUUUCAAAUGAAGUGUGGCUACAGUCGAGUCCUUUCAGAAUUUGCAAUAAACGACUGAAUUUCCUCAAA